GGGUUACAGGCACUGAGUUUUGAGUUUUGAGAGCCAGCUCCUCAUCUCAGGAUGUAUGAAAAAAUAGUAAUUGUAUUACUACUCUCAGGUUAUAUUUCUACUCAAGAUGUCACUGAAAUCAUUCCUCAUGAAAUAUCAAGUAAGUUACCGACACAAGCAGGUUUCAUUUCCACAGAAGACCCAUCAUUCAACACUCCUAGUACAAGACAAGACCCUUCAGGCACUAUGUACCAACAUCUCCCAGAUGGGGGACAAAAAGCAAGACAACAACUUGUCCACAUUUUCUCUGAACCAGUGAUAAUAGGGAUUAUUUAUGCAGUAAUGCUUGGUAUCAUUAUAACUAUCCUCUCAAUUGCCUUCUGUAUUGGCCAACUGACAAAGAAAAGUUCACUUCCUGCCCAAGUUGCAUCUCCAGAAGAUGUAGACCCUGAGGUUCUGUAGAAACAAGAAAUCCAGAAAAGUAAUUCAUGAGAAUCUGCUCAUCAAGCCAAAUUUUGGAAGAAGUCAAAGACACAACACUUCAGCCAAAUGAAAAAUGAACGUGUGAAUUACGUACUCUAAUAUAUUGUAUUCCUCUCCUAAGUGGUAUAACUUGAGGAUGAAAAUUUCAUCAUGAGGAGUCCAGUGACUUAAUAAUGGAAAAUGCCUCUGCUCAUCCCAAAAUGAAGAAUAAUUAUUUCCUUUCAUGCUUGCUUUUGUGUGUUAGCAUUAUUUUUAUAAUUAAUUGAUUUGGAAUUCUGCUCCCCAAACUUCACCUGGCUUUGUCCGCAGUUCUUUACAACUGACUUAUUCUGUUAUUGUAUUUCAAUGAUUGUGCUGUCAAAGGAAAGGCUUGUAACAUCUAGAUGAAAUCUAAGUUCUCAUUCCAAAGUUUGGAGACUUGUCAUUGUUUUAAAUAUAUUUAGGGGACUUGCAAUCCUAAUAUUUCCUUCCAUUGCAAGGUAGGGUAUUACACUGAUGAUGAUGAUAUUUUAGUCACAUUAAUAAACCUUGUGCUUGGAGAUUCCCUGCACACAUGUGUAAACACAUACAUUAUAGGUAUAGAUAUAUAAAAUGACACUCACUUUCAUCCUCAAGCCACAAAUCAACACAAAAAAAAUUUUCCCAUUUUAAGAAGUGACAUGUUACACAUGUGUAAAUGAUCUAUUUAAAAGAAUUUGGGUGACAGUCCGGUGUUAACUCUUUCAGGGCACUGACUGAUGGGUUGUGUUCCACUGGAAGAGUUAUUUAUGUAAGAGAUCAUGGCAUCCUGACAAAGAAAAGAAUUAAUGACUUUUCCUUGAAAAGUUAAUAACUCUGUAAGUGCAAACUUAAUAACUUUAUAAAUGCAAUAAGAUGUGCAAACUUGACAAGCAGGUGAAUAUUUUAAUAGGUUGUUCUGUGCUCUCAAUUGAAUUAUUUAAUACAUCCAGUCCUAUUUUCUCUUUAAUAAAGCUUUGAAAAGCAGGCUAAAUAAUCCAAAAGAAAUUUCUAGGCAUGAAAUUAAGGCUUUGUAACCAUAGAACUAUCACUCAUUUAUAGUAAAACUUAAAAAGUCAUAUAAAAACAAAGGAGUACCCUCCUGCAAUGCUGUAUUUCCGAAUUACUAAAAAUCCUUGUGGCUUUUCAUUGUGUGAUAAUCAAGUAAAUAAUAUUAUGUACAUAUUUGGGCCUAGCAGCUUAAAUUUUUUUAAAAUAAAGUACAAAAUCUAAAUCU